AUGAUUGCUGUAAUACUUCCCCAGAUAUCGAUAAAACCUUUUGAGACUUCAAGACGCUUCCGACGAUGCUUGAAGAGCUUUUUUCUCUCAUUAAAACUUUUCAAGUUUAAUGUGACGUUAGAGAUGAAGUUGCACCAUGAAGUUUUUUGUCUUCUUGUAAUGGAGAAGAAGAUUGUCAGAGAUAACUCGGUUUUAAUUUAA